AUGUUUACGCAUACCGCACCAGCAAUCCUGCUCGGAGUCCUUAGCACUGCAAACCUCGUCGCCGCCAAUCCCCCCGGCCCACCAUACUUCUCCACAUUCCAAUACCAAUUCGCUCCGGCGAUAGACUUCGAACCCAGCUACGACUUCUGCAUUGUCGGGGGCGGUACCGCCGGUCUAGUCCUCGCAAACCGUCUGACCGAAAGCGGCAAGCACAAUGUCAUCGUCUUCGAAGGCGGACCAACUCCAGACACCAAUCCGACCUCUCUCACCGGCGGUGCAAACCCAUAUCUCCUCAACGGAGCCCGGAGCUUGGUGGACUAUAACUUUGUUACUCAACCGCAGCGGAACCUGAACAAUCGCUCGUUGCCCUACCACCGUGGGCGAUGUCUGGGUGGCAGCAGCGCGACGAAUGGCUUUUUCUACGGUCUUGGAAGCAAGGCGGUGUACGAUCAGUGGGAGUUGGACGGGAACCCGGGAUGGAAUUGGGCGAACAUCUCCGCGGCAGCGAAGAGGGGAACAAUGUUUGUGGGGAACCCGAAUAAUACUAAUGACAACACUUAUAUGACUUGGGAUCCGGAGAAUUAUGGCACGGAGGGGCCGUUGAAGGUCGGGUUUCAAGGCUUUGUUCCUGCUUCGAAUCCAGCCUUCAUGAAUGCAACGAGCGCCAUUGGUGUUGGCGUAGUGCACGAUCAGAACGGUGGAAGCCCUACGGAUUCGGGCGAACAGGAGGCCACGGGGCUCACGUUCGUCGAGGGAGCCAUCUGGCACAAUAUCUCCUGCUCAAAGGAGGUCAUCCUCUCGGCUGGUGCUUUUCACAGUCCAUAUCUCCUCAAGCAAUCCGGUAUCGGUCCACGGGACGAAUUGGAGGAACACGAGAUCCCUGUUCGUGUCGAGAAUGAGCAUGUCGGACAUCACAUGCAGGACCACACGGCUUUCAGUGUCAUCUACUCCAUCAAGCCGGAAUUCGCUCACAUUGCCAGCACGACCGAGAAGAACAACGACCUCACCCUUUUGAACGAGCAACAACGCUCAUUCUACAACACCUCCGAUCCCCACGAGAGGGCAAAGAGCAGAUGGUCCGCCGUCUCCGGUACCAAUGCAUUCCAAGAGAUCUGCUCUGAGGACUUGAAAGAGUUUGGCGCUGGCGCUGUCAUCGACGCCGGUCUCGUUAGUCAAGCUCACAACGAGAUCAUGUACGAGGGCGGGUGGUAUCCGUUCUUUUCGAACAAGUACGGCAAACCGCGGAGGAAUACAUCCUAUGUUUCCUUGACGGUGUCGAAUAUGGCGGCGCUUUCGCAAGGCAGCGUGACAGUGGGGAACAACAUGCCGCUCGGCGAUCCGGUCAUUGAUCCGAAUUAUCUCAACCACACGGCCGAUAUAGCCAUGGCCAUCCAAGGCUUGAAGUAUGUGCGGAAGAUUGGCCAGCAUCCCGACUGGCAGAAGUGGGUCGCGGAAGAAGUGGCGCCGGGUCCUGGUGUGCAGACUGACGAGGAGAUUCUUGAAUACGUCAAGACCGUCAUGAUCCCGAACUGGCAUGCCGCCAGUACUUGUCGCAUGCUUCCCAAGGAGAAAGGCGGUGUGGUCGAUUCGCAUCUUCGAGUUUACGGGACGAAACGCCUGCGAGUCUGCGAUGUCUCGACCCUCGGUCGUCUACCGGACAUCAACCUCCAGGGAUCUGUCUAUGCGGUGGCGGAACAUGGCGCGCGGAUCAUACGAGAGGAAUAUGGUGAUCUCUGA